AUGCCAAGACCACCACCUCCAUUUCCGCAGAGGUUAAAGAAGAAAGAAGAUAAUGAAAAAUUUGGCAAGUUCAUGGCAGUAAUGAAACAACGGACAGUGAUGGUGCCAUUGAUGGAGUCCUUAGUACAGAAAAAGCCUAAUCCUGGUGCUUUCACUAUUCCGUGCACAGUAGGACCCAUAAAAUUUGAGAAAGGUUUGUGUGACCUUGCCGCAAGUAUUAAUUUGAUGCCGCUGGCCGUCUAUAAGAGGCUUAAUGUAGGGGAACCUACUACUACAAAAAUACAACUCGUGAUGGUAGAUAGGUCAAUCAAAAGACCUGUAGGUAUUCUACAUAACGUGCUGGUGAAAGUGGCCGACUUCAUUCUCCCUGCGGAUUUUGUGGUUCUAGACUGUGAUGUUGAUUUUGAGGUGCCUAUUAUUCUGUGA